AGCAGUUAAAUAUUCUUUGCUGCGCUCUUAAAAGUUAUCGUUUCAAAUCAGUAUAAAGCUGGUUAUCAUUAUAGGUUCAUCACUUGAACGAUCAAGGCUAACAUCAUGAAAUCAAUCAUUCUUCUCUGCACUUUGGCACUCUUUCUUGUUGUCUGUGGUGCUGACGAUGUGUGCAACUUGCCUUUCGAGACCGGACCUUGUAGAGCCGCCUUCUUAAGAUUCCAUUUCGAUAAAGCAUCUGGGGGAUGCAAGCAGUUUGUUUAUGGAGGAUGCCAAGGAAAUGGAAAUAAUUUUAAGACUGAAAAAGAAUGCCAAGACGCUUGCGCUUGAAUGAAUCAACAGGAAAGAAGAACAAAAAGAAUAUGUGUGGUUGGAUAACAAUACUUAAAACUGAAAGUAUAUGUACAGAAAAAUAAUUAUGAUUAUGCAUGUCAAUAAAAACAAUUUUCCAAGA